AUGACUGCUUAUUGGGACACUGAGGCAGCAGUGGGAAAGAGCCGCAAGGCAUCAGCAGCUCGUUUGUCUGAACGUAAUGGUCUUGGUAUUCACAAGCAUAACUCAGGACAGAAGUCCUAUAUGCAAAUCGAACAGGAGCUGGUGAGUAUCAUUUUCUUUGUCUCGUUUUCUUUAACACUUGUCUCAUUUUCAUGUGUGUCUUUCUUCCAUCUCAUUUCAGAUAGUGGAGUUGAGUUGGGAAGACCUGUGAGUUUUGGUGAAGUAUUCAUCAAGGCUCAUACAAGAAAAGAUGGAACCUAUGUUGAUUUCAAAGCAGAAAAAGUUGCUGAGGCUUACAAAAAGAAAAAGGAAGAGAAGUUGGCUAACCUUGAGAAGGAUAACACUGAAAUCUCAGAGGGGCUUUUGCUAGCAAUAGAAGAGGACAACGAGCUGUUUAUUCAGUCAACUUUCUGCAAUGACAGAGGAGACCUUUUUGGUAUUGGAAGCCUGAAGAAGAAGCUUAAGAGAAAACCAAAUGACCCGAUCAGCUCCUAUUCUUUCAUGCACAUGCAACAAAAGCUUGAAGAAGCUGAACUCAAGAUAAAAGAACAAGAAGCCCGUAUUGCCAAGGCUGAGGCAGACCGUGCUCUGGAACAAGCUACUAACCAGUCUAAGAUGGCUGAGUUCUCCCUUAUGAACAAGUACAUGCGUUCAACUGACCAAAAAUACCUUGAUUUCAUUGCCUCUGAAGCAUCAUCUCCAGCUCCUCCUGAUCAGUAA